CCCUGUGCCAAGUCCCCGGUAUGUGCGAUCCUAACGUUGAAAACCACAGGAGAGGGUAGCACUUCGCGUGUAUGGUAUUGCUGCAACACCAUCACAACACAACCAAGAGACAAGCAAUAUAAUAGUAGCUGCACACACAAAACGAGUCUCGGGAAAUUGCCACCACAACAGUUCCGUGGCGGAGAAAUACCGGCGGAAAAUCGGGAAAACGCCCGGGACGGAGCUGCGGGCUCGACUACACGCAACGCGCGGCUACGAUGUCGGAGGGUGCAAGCGCGGGACCUGCCGACGCCUCACAGGCCUCGCAGGCUAGUGCUGGCGGUCCUUCCUCUGCGGAUCAGGGAGCUGCCGCUGCGGACCCGAAGGCAACCGGCCAGGCUAUCGAUGAGAUGCUAGCCGCCAACGACCCCGUCAAAAACAGCAACGGCAAACGCGCGUACCCGGAGCCCAACUUCCCGAUCGAGCCGUCAGGCACAGUGGAGUAG